AUGGAGGUUCUUGAUGUCGAUACUCUCGUCUGCGGCGGUGGCAUGUCUGGCAUGGCGUGUGCUGCAUUUGCCGCAGAGGCUGGAGCCCGAACACUGGUGGUAGAGAAGCAAGGGGAAAUUGGCGGAUCUUCAAGUCUCUCCGCAGGCAUGUUCUGGGCACCACACACAUAUGACAAGCUGAGGUCCUGGGUUCCAGAUGGUGAUCCCGCAUUGCAGCGCGCAUGGUUGGACGAAUAUCUUCCAGCAGUUCAGUGGAUGCGCGAUAAUGGCAUACCCACUGCGAAACGAUUCGAUGGCAUCAUGACAAUUGGAAUUGGAUUUCCAAUCAAAAUCCCCGACCUCCACAGGUCUCACCAACAACGUAUCACUGCAAGCAAUAAUGGCUCUCGAAUCCUCACCAAUACAUCAGUAGUCAAACUCACUCACGAAGACCCCGGGGUACCUGGAUCUCGCGUUAAUGGUGCCAUCAUAUGCGAACAAAAGUCCGGGUGUCCCGCCGUUUAUUAUCAGGUCAAGGCCAAGCUGGUUGUUCUGGCUACUGGCGGUUUCCAGGGAUCCCCCAGCAUGACAGCCAAGUAUCUCGGCCAAGGAGGUGAUAAUAUUUUCGUGCGUUCUAAUCGGGGCUCUGUGGGCGAUGGUCUCAGCUUAGCUAUCGCAGCUGGAGCUGGAACAAGCACAGGUUUGAACACUUUCUAUGGCCACUUGUUGGCGGCACCCGUCCGAGCCGAGGAUGUAAGUCCACAGGACUAUCUCCCUUUGGCUCAGUAUCAGAGCAAAUACUGUAUGCUUCUCAAUCAAUCUGGACGCCGGUUUACCGAUGAGACUAUGGGCGAUGAAAUCGUGAACCAAUACUUGGCCAAGCAGGAAAAGCGCCGUGGCUUCCUACUCUUCGAUGAGAAAACUCGCCUCCAGCACUGCAUGGGCGCACUCUUCCCUAACGCAGGGGAUGUUGACCGAUUGCAGAAAGCUCGCGAAUACGGCUGCCAUGUUGCAAAGGCAUCCACCCUUGAUGAGCUCCUGGAGGUUCUCCAUGCCUGGGGAGUGGACCACAUUCAAGCAGGCAACACGAUUGAGCGAUACGAUCAAUUUGUCCGUCAAGGUCAGAGGAAUGUUGAUCUUGAUGCCCCGGCUGGUGGUGUAGGAGCUCCUCCGAGACCAUUGGUCGAUGGAGAAGGUCCGUUCUACGCCAUGGAGGUUCAACCGUCCAUCACCUUCACCUACGGAGGAAUUUCAGUUGAUACCCAAGGGCGUGCUUUAACACGCGACAAGAACAUAAUUCCGGGAUUGCUCGUGGCGGGAGUUGACGGAGGAGGUUUUAGCAACCUGGGCUAUGCUGGAGGUCUUGCACUUGCCUUUGUGACCGGGUUAUGGGCUGCCCGAUCCGUUGCACGAGAACUGGGGUUGGCAGAGCCCUCUCUACCAUCUGCCGAUGCAAGAGACGCAGCGCCUCUUCAGUCUCGUCUAUAG